CCUGAGCCUUGACAAUGACCUCUUGACUGUCCGCUUACACUCGCAACACUUCUCUGAACCCUCGUCUCAGCUUGCAACAACAUCGUACCCUCUCAAGAAUAGUGAUGCCUGAUUGCUCUGUAGUGAACGGGUUACCCCAGCGUCAGCCCUCGUAGUCCAUCCUGCUCGACCCAGGCUUACCUCGUACACCAUCUUUACGCGCUCGGUAGCUGUCUGAUUACCUCCAGCUUCUCGGCACCGGUCGAAGAUCCUUUGACCUGCAUUGCUUACGCGGGGCACCCGCACACGAACACCGCGACUUCUUUAGGUACCCACACGGAUAACGAAGGCGCAACGAUGCCUGCGCGGGAUUCCGAGUCGCCGGAAGAAUCCUACUUCAACGAUCUGACCCAGCAAGCUCCAGACGCCAACUGUGACGAACAAUCGCCGACUCAAGCCAACAGCCAAGAUGCGGUCAACGACAACGCGGCCAAACAGAAGAGGAUCGCGUGUGUCUUGUGUCGCAAGAGGAAACUGCGAUGCGACGGCGCUCGGCCGACCUGCGCAACAUGCAAACGCUUAUCGCAUGACUGCGCGUACGACGAAGUGCGCAAGAAGAGUGGACCAAAGAGAGGUUAUGUGAAGCUGCUAGAACAGCGACUGCAACAAGUCGAAACACUGCUCAAGAGCCAGGACUCGACCGACUCGACCAAGGACACAACUCGACAAGACUCGACCGCCGCUUAUGUCGCAAAUACCAUACAACAAGGGGCAUCUUCGACACGGACACAAUCCUCGAAUCUCCUGGACUCGAGGACUGCGUCGGUACCCGCAAACCGAAAUGACGCUGCAGUCCCCGGCGAUAACGACUUUCAAUGGGAAUUGAUUGGUCUAGGUCUGGAGGAGCCACUGCCGCCUCAAGAUGUCAUGGACGAGCUAUAUGAGAUCUACUUUGCAAAGAUGCACCCCUCGAUGCCAGUCAUCCAUCGACCACGGUUCAUGGCAGCGCUAAAUCUUGCCCCUCACAUGCGACCACCAGUAUGUCUGCGAUACAGCAUGUGGACAAUGGCGGCUUCUGUGACGGACAAAUAUCUUGAGCUGCAGGAGCACUUCUACCACCGCGCUCGGAAGUACGCUCAGCUUGACGAGAUGCGAGGUCACGGAGAGUCGACCAUCACAGUUGCGCACUGUCAGGCGUGGACGCUACUGGGCAGCUACGAGUUUAAGAAUCUGUACUUCCCGAGAGCAUGGCUGUCUUCUGGCCGCGCGAGCCGGCUGGCUCUGAUGAUGCAGCUGCACCGCCUGGACGGAGCUGGAUUGGAUGUCAAGCAGUGCCUGCCGCCGCCUAAAGACUGGACUGAGAGAGAAGAGCGGCGACGGACGUUCUGGAUGUGCUUUGCGGUCGACCGCUACGCCAGUAUUGGGACAGGCUGGCCCAUGACCAUCGAUGAACGAGACGUUUUGACAAACCUUCCUGCAAGCGACGAUGCGUUUGACAGGAGUAAGCCAAUGGCCACUGGUUCUCUUGACCAAGCUUGCAACCCUAUGGGCGCAACAAAGCUCGAGUCAAUGGGCGGCAUCGUCUUGACGGCAGCAAUGUUUGGCCGUAACCUCCUGCACCUACAUCGGCCGACAGCAGAAGACAAUGACAGCGAUCUCAAUGGUGCCUUCUGGACGCGUCAUCGUCAGCUUGAGCAGAUUCUGCUCCAGACUUCUCUCCACCUGCCUGAUCAUAUGCGCCUGCCAGGUGGGCGCGACGAUCCAAACGUGGUCUUCACAAACAUGUGCAUACACACUUCCACCAUUUGCCUCCAUCAAGCAUCGAUCUUCAAAGCCGACAAGUAUCAGUUGCCCGCGAGCGUUGGCAACGAGAGCAAAGUGCGGUGCGUGACUGCAGCCGCAGAGAUUGCGUCUAUCAUGCGCACGAUCAGCCACAUGGAUCUAUCAGCGAUGAACCCGUUUAUAGCGUUCUGUGUCUAUGUAGCGGCAAGGGUAUUUGUUCAGUACAUCAAGACACGGCCCAACGACCAGCAGAUGAACUCGUCGCUUCAGUUCCUCCUCCAGGCGAUGCAGGCCCUGCGCCGCAAGAACCCACUGACGGAGUCUUUCCUGGUUCAGCUGGAUCUUGACCUCGAGGGCGCUGGCAUCCAGAGGCCGUACAUGCCCCUCGAGAAAAAGAACUCAGUCAUACCCGUCAACACCGACCCUGUGGGCUGCAAUUCAAUUUACGAGAUCCGCGAGACUCAAAACCAAAACGCACCCAUCAACCAGUUUGCCGGCAGGCCCAGCUCCACAAGUGCAACACCCCAGUUCCCGGGCAACCAUCAGCAGCCGCUGGACAACCAUCAACCACCACCGCUCUUUGGCGCAUCCGUCAUCGACACCGCGCCCCAAACCGUCCAAUUCAUGCCCGUCCGCAACCUCCAAGACCUAUCCCAAGACUUCUCCCCCCAGCGCAGCACAGGCGGCACUGCGUUUAUCUUCAACGAGCAUACAACCACCGACAUGGACCUCACGGGCGACCAGCCCAGCCCGUCCACCAUCAACUCGCAGUCCCGCGGCGGCUCGACCUCGCAAUCCUCGUACUCCCCCGCCCAGCAAGAACACCACCUCCCCUACCGCGCCUCACCGCACUUCACGCCCUCGCAGACGCCAUCCCAACUGCAGUCUCACAUGCAGGCUUCGACCGCGUCGCUCGCGCCCUUGUACGCCGCAAACAAUGCCAUGAGCAGCAACAACAACGAUCUGCACAUGAGCGCGUACCCCUCGGACGCAAUCCACAACGGCGCGUACGACAACGGCUUCGACUGGGAGUUCAGCGGCAUGGGGGCCGAGAUGAGCAUGGGCGGCGAGAUGGGGUUGGGCGCGGACAUGGACGCGGGGAUGACGCCGGGCACGUGGAAUAACAUGCUCGAGACGGUUAUGGAUGGGGUGCCGAUGGGGUGGGAUGUGCUGGGGACGCCGCACGGGGCGAACGUCGAUGUGCCUGGGUCGCGGCGGGAGAGGUGAUGUGAGGGUGGAGGGAGUGUGGAAGGGGAUGGGGUGUGCUGAGGAGGGCUGGAAGGGGGAGGGUGGUUUUUUUUGGUUAUAUGUGUUUGAUGGGUUGGCCACUUGGUGUGCAGGAUACCCGCUCGUUUGCACUCUGGGCAUCUGGCGUUGUGGCGUGGAAACGGCGUUCGGAUUCACUGCUCCGUAUACAGGACAAUACGACUUUGCUUUUUUAUCACACAUAUGCACAGGGGUAUACUCGAUAGUCACCGUCCUCUUUUUGUGCUUCCAUAUCAAUAAAACCGCAAGUUUCUUGCUUUGUCA